AUGGCCCAAUCCAAGUCCAGCGGAUCCUAUUAUGCCCUCACUGCCAUCGGAGUAGGGCUGUUAGUGCUUGGCGUAGUGAUGGCUGUAUGGAACCUGGUCCCUGGAUUUGGCAGCAACGACAAUCCUGGGCCUUCCCAAGGGAAUAGCAGCAAUCCAGAGACCCAAGGUGGAAUCAAUCUCAAGAGUAAGACUUUCUCUGUGGCCUAUGUCUUGGUGGGUUCAGGUAUAGCGCUUCUUUUGUUGGCAAUCUGCUUGAGUAUACGAAGCAAACGGAAACGGCGCCCAAGCAUGGAAAGCGUACAUGUCGUCCCACAGGAAGUGACCAUUUCCCGGGUAAUGAGAAUUCCGUGCAGCCAAGAAGAACCCGAUCCCCCGAGGUAUUCCGCCCCCAGCUAUGAGGAAGUGAUGAGAAUGGAAUAUGAACCUCGACAAACUGCCGAUGCUGACAGAAACCAAAGAAUUAGUAUUUCCCUUCCAUCCUACGAGUCCCUGACUGAACUGGACGAGUCCACACCAACUAGGCCCAACGCCGCCUCUGCGAAACCAGAGCAACCACAAAGGACAAAUUCCCGAUCAGGGAAAGAGAAAAAACCUUUGAAUGUUCGGAGGAUCAAAUCUGACAAACUUCACCUGAAGGAAUUCAGACUGAACCUGUCCGGUCGUAACAACACGAGUGAAACUCAGAAGAUCGAACCCAUAACGCCGCCUCCACAAUAUGAAGAUAAACAGAUUGGGGCUCAGCAGCCGGUCUAG